AUGGCACACUUAGUGAUCCCACCGGGGCCGGAGAGCAUCCGCCCAUUCUCCCGCGAGUCUCUCAAGGCCAUCGAGGAGAGGAUCGCCUGCGAGAAGGCCAAGAAACCCAAGGGGAAGAGGCGCGGCGAAGACAAGGACAAAGACGAGGAGAAUGCCUGCACGCCCAACUGCAACCUGGAGGCGGGGAAGUCUCUGCCGUUUAUAUACGGAGACAUUCCCCCGGGCAUGGUCUCCACACCUCUGGAGGAGCUGGACCCUUUCUACGGCAAUCAGAAAACUUUUGUAGUGUUGAACCGAGGGAAGACCAUCUUCCGUUUUAACGCCACUUCUGCUUUAUUCAUCCUUAGUCCCUUCAAUUUUCUCAGGAAAUUAUCCAUUAAGGUUUUGGUGCAUUCAUUUUUCAGUAUUUUAAUCAUGUGCACUAUCUUGACCAAUUGUGCAUUCAUGACCUGGAGUGAACUCCCAUCCUGGGGAAAAUCUGUAGAGCACACAUUCACUGGAAUUUACACUUUUGAAUCGGUCAUAAAAAUACUUGCAAGGGGCUUUUGCAUAGGAAAAUUUACCUUCUUACGAGAUCCCUGGAACUGGUUGGAUUUUAGUGUCAUCGUCAUGGCGUAUGUAACAGAGUUUGUAGACCUAGGCAAUGUUUCAGCUCUUCGCACUUUCAGAGUACUGAGAGCUUUGAAAACUAUUUCAGUAAUCCCAGGCCUGAAGACCAUUGUUGGUGCUCUGAUUCAGUCAGUGAAGAGACUUUCAGAUGUAAUGAUCCUCACUGUUUUCUGUCUAAGUGUUUUUGCACUAAUAGGAUUGCAACUGUUUAUGGGUCAUUUAAGAUACAAAUGUGUAAAGAUUGCACCUCUGGAAAUGAAUGACACCGAGAAGACGGUCUUCAACAAUGAUCCAAAAAAUUAUUAUAUCUUAAAAAAUGCAACCGAUCCUCUCCUGUGUGGAAAUGGCAGCGAUGCUGGGACAUGUCCAGAGGACUUCCAUUGUCUCAAAGUGGGCGGCAACCCAAACUUUGGAUACACAAGUUUCGACAACUUUGGCUGGGCGUUCCUAUCCCUGUUUCGGCUGAUGACGCAAGACUACUGGGAGAACCUCUAUCAGCAGACUCUCCGGGCUUCUGGGAAGUCCUACAUGCUUUUCUUUGUCCUGGUGAUCUUCCUGGGCUCCUUCUACCUGGUCAACCUGAUCCUGGCAGUGGUAGCCAUGGCCUACGAUGAGCAGAACCAGGCCGCCAUAGAGGAGGCUGAGCUGAAGGAGCAGGAGUUCCAGGCCAUGAUGGACCAGCUGAAGAAACAGCAGGAGGAUGCACAGGUCGCCUCACUAAUAGCGCCGGCCCCGGUCGUCUGUCUCGAGUACGGUGGGAAAGCACGUCUCCCCGAAUCGUCCUCCGAGGCUUCGAAAUUAAGCUCCAAGAGCGCUAAAGAAAGGCGGAACAGGCGCAAGAAGAGGAAGGACAGAGACGUGGAGGAGGGAAAAGGGGACGACGAGAAGUUCUGCAAGUCCGACUCAGACGGAAGCAUCAAGAGGAGCUUUUCCAUCGACGCCAACAGGCUUUCUUAUGAUAAGAGAAGCUCCUCCCCCCACCAGUCCCUCCUCAGUAUUCGGGGGUCUCUGUUCUCCCAGAGGCGGAACAGUCGGGCUAGUCUCUUCAGCCUCCGGGGUCGACAGCCGGACGCGAGUUCGGAGAACGGCUUUGCCGACGACGAGCACAGCAUAUUCGAGGACAGCAUCAGUCGCCGGGGCUCCCUCUUAGUGCCGCACAGGGUGGAGCGACGCAACAGCAACGUCAGUCAAACUAGCGCGAGCUCGCGCGCCCGUCUCCCGGCUAAUGGCAGGAUGCACUCGGCUGUUGACCGUAAUGGAGUGGUGUCCUUGGUGGGCAGGUCCUCCUUACCCACCACGCCGGUUGGACUCCUUCUGCCAGAGGUGACAAUAAAUAAGCCCAGUACCAGUGACAAUGGGACUGAAAUGGAGUUCCGGAAAAGAUCAGGCUCCUACCAGCCAUCCAUGGACUUUUUAGCAGAUCCAAUCGCAAGACAGCGAGCUCUGAGUGUUGCCAGUAUUUUAACAAAUACAAUGGAAGAACUUGAGGAAUCAAGACAGAAAUGCCCGCCUUGCUGGUUCAAGUUUUCCAACACCUUUCUUAUCUGGGACUGUUGCCCGUUGUGGCUGAGGAUUCAGGAGGCGGUCAGAAAGAUUGUAAUGGACCCGUUUGUAGACCUGGCCAUCACCAUUUGCAUCGUCUUGAACACAUUGUUCAUGGCCAUGGAACAUGACCCAAUGAACGCUCAGUUCAGCCGUGCGCUUAACGUGGGGAACUUGGUGUUCACAGGAAUCUUCACAGCCGAGAUGUGUUUUAAAGUGAUCGCUAUGCAUCCCUACUAUUACUUUCAAGAAGGAUGGAAUAUUUUUGACGGGGUCAUUGUUGGUCUGAGCUUAAUGGAACUUUGCAUGUCAGAAAAGGAGUCUAGCCUGUCCGUUCUCAGAUCCUUCAGAUUGCUGAGGGUGUUCAAAUUGGCCAAGUCCUGGCCCACACUCAACAUGCUGAUCAAGAUUAUCGGCAACUCCGUGGGUGCACUGGGAAACCUGACACUCGUGCUGGCUAUCAUCAUCUUCAUAUUUGCUGUGGUUGGCAUGCAGCUUUUUGGGAGGUUCUACAAGAAUCGUUUCUGUCCUAACGCAACUAGCAGUGAUGACCCCCCCUGCAGGAUGCCUCGAUGGCACAUGUCGGACUUCUUCCACUCGUUCCUGGUGGUUUUCCGGGUGCUGUGCGGGGAGUGGAUCGAGAAUAUGUGGGAAUGCAUGAACGUGGCUGGCACGACCAAGUGCAUCAUUGUCUUCAUGAUGGUCAUGGUCAUAGGAAACUUAGUGGUUCUGAACCUGUUCCUGGCCUUGCUGCUCAGCUCGUUCAGUGCGGACAACCUGGCCGCCACAGAGGACGACACUGAGAUGAACAACCUGCAGAUCGCAGUGGGCCGAAUCCAGCAGGGCAUCGGCACCAUGAAGGCCUGGGUGCGACGCUUCUUCCAGAGGUUGUGUGGGAGGCCAGAGAAGACCGUGGAGGCCAAGCCCCCUGAGGAGCUCCACGACAGUACAGAGAACUGCAUCGCCAACCAUACCACCACAGUGGAGCUCACUAAGGACCCCACCUACCUGAAGGAGGACAAUGGCUACCCUGGCCUCAUGGGCAACAGCGUGGGGAAGUACCCCAGCGAUGACGUCUUUGUCAACAACCAUGACCUCACCAUCUCCGUGCCCAUAGCCGUCGGAGAGUCUGAGGACAUUGAUGACUUCAGCAGUGAAUUCUCAGACAUGGAGGACAGCAAGGAGAAAGACUCCCAGCUCAGCUCCCUAGAGGGCAGCACGGUGGACAUCAGGCUCCCGGAUGAUGGUGGGGAAUCUCUGGACAUGGUGCAGGAGGAGGCGGAGGAACCGGAGGCCUGCUUCACCGAGGGCUGUGUUCAAAGGUUCCCGUGCUGUCAGGUGAACAUCAACGAGGGGAAGGGGAAGAUAUGGUGGAACUUGAGGAGGACGUGCUUCAAGAUUGUAGAGCAUAACUGGUUUGAGAGUUUCAUCAUCUUCAUGAUACUUUUGAGCAGCGGGGCACUGGCAUUUGAAGAUAUUUACAUUGAGCGGUGGACAACUCUUAAAGCCAUCCUAGAGUAUGCAGACAAAGUGUUCACCUUCAUCUUCAUCCUCGAGAUGCUGCUGAAAUGGGUAGCCUAUGGAUUUGCAAAAUACUUCACCAAUGCCUGGUGCUGGCUGGACUUCCUGAUUGUUGAUGUCUCCCUGGUCAGUUUGGUAGCCAAUGCACUGAACGUCGCAGAGCUGGGCCCCAUUAAGUCCCUGAGGACUCUGCGAGCUCUCAGGCCUCUGAGAGCCCUGUCGCGGUUUGAGGGAAUGAGGGUUGUUGUCAACGCCCUUGUUGGAGCGAUCCCCUCCAUCAUGAACGUGCUCCUGGUCUGCCUCAUCUUCUGGCUAAUAUUCAGCAUCAUGGGUGUCAACCUCUUCGCUGGGAAGUACUACCACUGUAUCAACACCACUACGGACGUUCCAUUUGAAAUAGACGUUGUGAACAACGACACUCAAUGUCGAGCCUUGGAGCAGACGGGAAGUGCUCGUUGGAGGAAUGAUAAGAUCAACUUUGACAAUGUUGCAGCUGGAUACCUGGCCUUACUGCAAGUGGCAACUUUCAAAGGUUGGAUGCCAAUCAUGUAUUCAGCUGUGGAUUCCCGUAAGCGGCGUGAACAACCCGAUUAUGAAUAUAGCCGGAACAUGUACAUCUACUUUGUUGUAUUCAUCAUUUUUGGAGCCUUUUUCACUCUGAAUCUUUUUAUUGGUGUUAUCAUUGACAACUUCAAUCAGCAAAAAAGAAAGUUUGGAGGUCAGGAUAUCUUCAUGACAGAGGAGCAGAAAAAAUACUACAAUGCAAUGAAGAAGCUUGGAUCUAAGAAACCGCAAAAGCCUAUUCCAAGGCCUGCAAACAAGUUACAAGGAUUUGUCUUUGACCUCAUUAUGAAGCAAGCAUUCGACAUUUUUAUAAUGGCACUCAUAAUACUCAACAUGAUCACCAUGAUGGUGGAAACGGAUGAACAGACUGAGAAGAUGAAGAAAAACCUUUACAAGAUUAAUGUAGUCUUCAUCAUCCUUUUCACCGCAGAGUGUCUGCUGAAGAUGUUUUCUCUUCGUCAUUAUUUCUUCACCAUUGGUUGGAAUGUAUUUGACUUUGUAGUGGUCAUUGUGUCAAUAAUCGGUAUGUUUCUUUCAGACGUGAUCGAAAAGUAUUUUGUCUCACCGACGUUAUUCAGAGUCAUUCGACUAGCGAGAAUCGGACGUGUCCUACGUCUCAUAAAGGGCGCCAAGGGAAUCCGAACACUUCUGUUUGCUUUGAUGAUGUCACUUCCUGCGCUGUUCAACAUUGGUCUACUGCUUUUUUUAGUCAUGUUUAUCUAUGCCAUUUUUGGCAUGUCUAACUUUGCCUUUGUGAAGAGGGGGGACGGAAUCGAUGACAUGUUCAACUUUGAAACGUUCGGCAACAGCAUCCUCUGCCUGUUCCAGAUCACGACGUCGGCAGGCUGGGACGGCCUCCUGUCCCCCAUUCUCAACAAGCGAGAGCCUGACUGCGACAGUAAUUAUGUGCACGCCGGCAGCAAGAUCAAGGGAAACUGUGGAAACCCCACGGUGGGGAUCGCCUUCUUUGUGAGCUACAUCAUCAUAAGCUUUCUGAUCGUGGUGAACAUGUACAUCGCCGUCAUCCUGGAGAACUUCAGCGUGGCCACGGAGGAGAGCAGCGAGCCCCUGAGCGAGGACGACUUCGAGAUGUUCUAUGAGGUGUGGGAGAGGUUCGACCCUCAGGCCUCGCAGUUCAUUGGCUACGACAAGCUCUCGGACUUCUCCGACUCGCUGGCCCCCCCGCUGCGCAUACCCAAGCCCAAUACCCUCCAGCUCAUGGCGAUGGACCUGCCCAUGGUCAACGGUGAACGCAUCCACUGCCUGGACAUCCUGUUCGCCUUCACCAAGCGCGUCCUCGGGGAGGACGGCGAGAUGGACGGCCUCCGCGGGCAGAUGGAGGAGCGCUUCAUGGCCUCCAACCCCUCCAAGGUAUCCUACGAGCCCAUCACCACCACCCUCCGCCGCAAGCAAGAGGAGAGCUCCGCCACCAUCAUACAGAGGGCCUACAGACGCUACCGCUUCCUGCGGCCCACCACGGUGUCUGCCCCGACGGCCGGCCCCCCCUCGUACGACAGCGUCAUAAACCUCGACAAAGACAAAUACGAGGAAGACAAGACAGAGAAAGAGGACAAAGGCAAAGAUGUGUGGGAGGAUGGGAAUACCAAGGACGAUUGAGAGGAGAAUUCGGUUUUCAGUCAAGUUCUGUGGCAAAUUGUUUACAGCCUUCCAGGGUGGCCCAUUUGUGUGAAAAGACUGUUCGUCUGCAUAAUUAUGCCAAAGUGAUAGUGACUGCUUGCAUCUAAAUUGAAGGUCUGUGCCUACCGAUGCUGCGAUAUCUGACACUAAACUGCUAAAUUUGAAUGUAGACGUACACAUGUAAGAAUACUGUUAGUUGUUAACACAUCUGUGCAUCUGUCAGACACUGUGUCUUGCAUUGCAAUGCAAUUGCAUAUAAUAACUGUUACCUUGGUUACAGAUGAUUCAAAAAUAUUUAUCUGAUGCUUUUAUCCGAAGGAACUUACAGUUGAUUAGGCUAAAUGGGGGGUAAUCAUCCCUGGAGCCAUGUGAGGUUAAGGGCUUUGUUCACUUGCCCAACAGUUGAUCUUAUUGUGACUACUCUGGGGUUUGAACCACCAACCUUCUAGGUCCCUGUCAUCUUAGCCAUUAGGCUAUGAGGCCCAAUUUUUGUAUAUUAUGACAAAAUAGUUUUUUGGUUAAAUGGGGAGUGAGGGUUUGAAGACUAUACACUGCUAUCUAGUAGCAAUCCAAUUCUGAAAUGUGUAAAUAUUCAGCUCUGAGUUAACCCCCAGCACUUCAACUUUAGCUGUAUGUCAUAGCUCAUUUCCUUUCUAUUUGGUUUGUCAGUUGAAUCGUUGAAUUUUCCAAGCAAGCUGCCAUUAAUGUACUAUCUGCCUAGAAUGGUUCAUAGAAAAGCCCUGUAUGAGAAGUGGCUAGUUUCUGUGCUUCCACCGAACCUUAAUGGAACAAAUGGGUUGCUGAUAAGCGCUUUAAAGGUUACUGUAACAGAAAUUUGUAUGAUCGCAUCAACAAAACCAUUGAAAAUGUGUUUUGGGGACUACAAAGCCUUUUUCUUCAAAGAUGUAUUUUUUGGCAUGGAAGCAUGCAUACCUAUAGUCUUGCAUGAAGGACCAAAAGGACCAAACUGUCAUAUGAGGGAGUUUGCUUGAGUAUUUCAAUUUCGCUCUCAGCAUUUGAGGUGCUCAUCAGCUUUGGCCAUCUAUCCAACAGUAUUUGCAGCGAUUACAUACAAUCAUACCUACUGUCCAAGAUUGUUUCAGUUCAACCAGCAGUUUCCCCAGACAAAAUGCAUACUAUCUUUCUCUUUUCACUCAGGAGUUUGUGUGAUAAAGCAAAUGUCCUUGACAUAGUAUACCUGUGUCAGCUAUAUAUCAGCUCUUCUAGUGUAUGGCUUAAUGUGAUAUUGUUUAUCUUGUGCAUGGAUCUCUGGGCUUUAUUAUCUCCCCUUUCUCAACAGGCUUUGGAUCCACAGAGAUGAAAUGUAUUAGUGCUAAGCAGUUUCAUUUAAAUAAAUGAACAUUUUUACCAUUUUUGGAACAAUUUUUUAAAAACGUGAAUCAGACGGAAGUCUUUAUUUUCUUGUCCUUGCAGCCAUUUCUUUUCCUCAAGAAUUAAAAAAUCUUCAGUGGCAUCAUACUUUGUUUUAUUUAUUUUAGUAAGUACUGUAAAUGUAUAUAUAUUUCUUUAUUUUUGUAAGGGCAGUACUGUAAAUAUGGGAUCAUAGGUACUUGAGGAUCCACUGCAGUUCUUUUCAGUGGGUAAUUUCCAUUAAAGAUUGGAGUGAGGUCUGGAACUCAGUUUUGUUGCAUACUUCUUUUGGUAUAUUUUCUUGUAUUUAAACUGGGGUCAGUUGACUGUGGAGGUGAAUGAGUAGGUGUGAUUAGUUACAUAUUCAGCAGAUAAUCAUUGAUGCCUUUAUGUAUUUGUUCAUAUUUGACGAGGUCUUCUAGAUCUAUAUUGGUAUAUUGCAUGCAGGAUUUUUCUAUAACCUUAUCUAAUGAUACCACAUUUGAAGUUUUGAUUGCCAUAAUGUCUGUUCAGUGUUGCUAUUAUUUCUGUAUUGGUAGAUACUAUUGAAAUAACAUAGAUUUGCAUAAUAGGCAAUGGGUAAUAUCCAAUAAAAUGGUUGAAACCA